UUGAGAAUUAAAGACCUGAGAGAGAGCGACUCAGCCAAGUACAGGUUCAGGUUCACAACCAACCAAGAAACAGGCAAAUAUAGUGGACAACCGGUCACUCUGACUGUUACAGGUCUCCAGGUGAAGGUGAGCAGUUCAAACAUCUCUAGAACCUCGAACUCAGCAGAACUCCAGUGUGACAGCAGCUGUCCACUACCUGAUAGUUUCUCCUACAGCUGGAUGAAGGAUCAACAAAUCGUUCCAGGACAAACUUCAAAAACCUUUUCAAAUCGCUGGUAUAGUGACGCCAAUGUUUCCUGUGGUCUGACAGGCCAGAAGUAUCGUUCUCCGUCAGUGAUGGUGAAUAAUCACUACGAGGUGAUGUAUGAUGAGACUGAGAUCUGUGCUUUGAAAGGAUCCACAGUGGAAAUAAGCUGCUCUUACAGAUACCCAACCAGGAUAGAUAACCAGAAAACCAGAGUCAAACACACCUUUUGGUUCAGAAAACUGCCGAGUGGUGUUUUACUGGAUCUGAAAAAUGACUCUGAUUAUUCACGUCGUGUCAGGUAUGGAGGCGGUGAAAAGAACUGCACUCUUAUUAUCAGUAACCUGACAGAGAGAGACUCAGCUGAGUACAAGUUCAGGUUCGUCACAAACCAACUGAGAGGGAAAAUGACUGGUUCACCAGGAGUCAAACUGUCUGUCUCAGACCCACAACUCCAGAUACGUGUGAGGAAAUCAAUUUCCCAUCCAGACAAUCUGAAGUGGAUUGAACUAACAUGUCAGACCAGCUGUCAGCUGUCUGAUCCUCCUUCAUACAUCUGGUUCAAGAAUGGAGAGAAGUUUGCAGAGAAAAAGAAAAACUAUGUUCUCCUGCAACCCUUCAGUUUUCCAGACAGCUAUCACUGUGCCAUACAACAACAUGAACGUUUCCCUUCUCCUCCAGUGGAUGCUCCUAAACCUCCCUCAGUGUCGGUGAGUCCGUCUGGUGAGAUCGUGGAGGGAAGCUCAGUGACUCUGACCUGCAGCAGUGAUGCUAACCCAGCAGCUAGCUACAGCUGGUACAAGGCACAGCAAUUCAUUCAGGAUGGUGUGCAGCUCGUCUUUCAGUCCAUCCAGUCCUCUGAAUCUGGACAGUAUUCCUGUAUGGCUGAAUAUGAGCUGAUGUGGAGCAAAUCUGAAGGAACAUGGAUCGAUGUGGAACACGCUCCUAAACCUCCCUCGGUGUCGGUGAGUCCGUCUGGUGAGAUCGUGGAGGGAAGCUCAGUGACUCUGACCUGCAGCAGUGAUGCUAACCCAGCAGCUAGCUACAGCUGGUACAGGGGGAACCAAACUCUGUCAGAGGAACAGAACGGCCUUCUUCACUUCACCUCCAUCAGCUAUAAAGACAGAGGAAACUACUACUGCCAGUCCAAGAACCACCAUGGACAGACCAACUCUACGCUUCAAUACUUAGAUGUCCAGUAUGCUCCAAAGCUUCUCUCAGUGUCAGUGAGUCCGUCUGGUCGGAUCAUCGAGGGACAUUCAGUGAAUCUGACCUGCAGCAGUGAUGCUAACCCAGCAGCUCACUACAGCUGGUACAGGGAGGGUGAAGACACACCAAAAGCAUCUGGACAGACGUUCACCAUCACUGAUAGCAGAAGUGAACACAGUGGGAUGUAUUACUGUGAAGCUCAGAACAGAAGAGGACGUCUUAACUCCACCUUACAUCUGGUCAUUGAGCCUGCAGUUUUCCCAGAUAAACCAAAACUAGUCGCUGUUGGAAUCCUCCUUGCUGUUUUCCUGCUCACAGCAACACUUUGUGCCUUCAGAAAGUGGAAGACACCAAAUUCACUGUUUCAGCUUGGAGAAGAGCCAGACAGCAGUGAAAGGCAGCAGGAGGAUCUUCACUAUGCCACCAUUCGAUUUGUGAGACCACAGACAGACUCCAUUAACUCCACCAUCACAACAGCUGGAACCAGCAGACAAACACAGCAGGAGCAGGUCGAUGUUGUGUACGCUGCCGUCAACAUUCACCAGGCCAGUUCUUCAACAAAACACUUCCACCAGGACCCUUUGGAAGAUCCGUCUGCAUUGUACAGCACUGUGAAGAAGAUCCAACGAACGUCAUGUGAAGACUUAAAUCAAGUCAAAACUGCUGAACUGCUGAACUGACUGGAAAAGUUGUAUUCUUGCUGUGUUUCUAUUGGAUUCAUCCUUACUGUAGUACAUUUGUCUUCAACUUCAAGUCAACUUGUUGUCAGUUUAUCAAGUUGCCACAAGAUGGUAGCAGAGAGCCUGAAAGAGGAAAACAUUGACAAGACCUCACUGCAUGCUUAUGUGCUCAUAAUAUGCAUCAUCUCUGUUACUCUGGAUCUGUAUUUAAU